GAGGCGACGCCCGGGGAGCCCGCCGCCCUCGCGACACAGCGGGCGCGGCGCGUGGUGCAGCCCUCGGCACGGUUCGCCCCCGACACGUACCCGCACGCCGUCGAGGCCUUCCCGACCCCGACGCCGCCCAAGGCCAAGCGGCGCAAGCUGGGCGCGGCCGAGACCUUCAAGAAGGGCGCGCACAAGGUGGAGGAGGCGCGCGCGGCGGGCAACACCGCCGCCGAGCUCGCGGCGUGGCGCACCCUCGGCGAGCAGCUGAAGAAGGCCUUCGGCAGCCGCGGAUAGCUUUUAGCCGUCGAGGGGGCACACGCGGCACUAGGCCGUCGCGUCCUGCUCCGCCUGGCAGGGACAAGACAUUUACAUCAUACAUGCACAUGCACAUGCACCGAAUGGGUUCACGGGCUCGACAGCCUCGAGAGACAGCGCGCACGUCACCACAGAUACCUGCGGCGCGCACGAGAGUCGCUCCAGAGAGUGAGAGUGAGAGACACAGUUGGUGCUCGCUGAUGCAUACCUCACGCAUCUCACAUGCAUCGAUGUACACCUCUCCUCUCUCUCGCGGACGGUGUUCGCUUUUACGAUUUUUAUUAGUCUCGUGUGCCG